AAAAAAAAAACAGAAAAAGGGAAAAGCGGAAAGAGAAUUUUUUUGCACCGCGAUUCAUUACUCUUCACGGAAACGUGCUUUUGUUGGCGAACAAGAUCACACAGCGCCGCGAUGGAUCUCGAUCUCGAUUUCGAUCUCGAUUCCUGUUCCCAACCGUUCAACCGAUCAAACCGUGACUUUAUUUUUAUUCCUUCUCCCAAUCCAAUUGUUUGUCUCUCGUUCUUAUUAUUAUUUAUCUUUAUUGUUUAUCUUCUUUGUUGUUUUUAUUCGUUUCUCUCAUCCAUCUCGUCUUUCCCCUCUUCCUCUCCCUCUUUUUUUGAUCCUUUUUGCUGUUUUUGUUGUCGUCCUCUCCGGCCAAUCUCGCUUCGAUUCGUCGAUUCGGUUUCGAUUUUUCCGUGCGGGGAGUUUUUGAUGCUCGGAGAGCCUCGGAUCGGCGCUGUUGUUUGAGUUUGAUCUGGGUUAGGGUUUGCUUGCUCCGCCGGCGAUGGAGUCGGGGGAGGGAGCGGAAGAGGAGCAGCCGCAACUGCAGCCGGCGACGGAGGCGUUGAAGAAAUCGGCGCCGGAGGGCGGGGAGAAAACCUCCAAGCGGAAGAUGAAGACGCCUUACCAAUUGGAGAUCCUCGAGAAGACUUACGCUGUGGACACGUACCCGACGGAGACAGUGCGGGUCGAGCUGUCGGGGAAGACUGGCCUCUCGGAUCGGCAGCUGCAGAUGUGGUUCUGUCAUCGUAGGCUCAAGGAUCGGAAGUUCCCUCCCAUGAAGAGGCAACGGAGGGAGGAGGAGCCGCUGCCAUCGACUCCACUGCCAUCAGUGUUUCCGUCUCAGAACGAUAGGCUGUCCUCAAAGUCAGGGGGUGUUGGUUUGAGUUCCAGCCCCUUCAGUGGAGGGCUUGGUAUCAAUGGGGACUCAAGGAGGCCAGUUUCUAGGGUAGCUCCAGUUGUGCCUAGGAUUGGGGCGGAUAUGUCAGCUAUAGGAAGGCACUACUAUGAUCUGGGGUUUCCACAAUCAGCCCCUGUGCAGCCAACCGUGGCGGAAAUGAGAAUACUUGCAUCAGUUGAAUCCCAGCUAGGGGAACCACUGAGACAGGAUGGGCCAGUUCUUGGAGUAGAGUUUGAUCCAUUGCCACCUGGUGCUUUUGGCGCGCCAAUAGCAGAAAUGCCGGUGCAACAGAAGCAGCCUAUGCAUCCUUAUGAUAGCAAUAUUUUUGAAAGAUAUGAUACCAAGCCAAUGAAGGCAACAGCUUUCUUGUCUACUGCUGACCAUUUGUUAGCAAGCAAAUCUUGUGGAAAGAGAAAACUAAUAGCUAGUGUUCCUCCUAUGGGCCAUCCACAGAUGGGUCGCAAAGCUCUUCACGAGUAUCAAUUUCUCCCUGAACAGCCUAGUGUCCCAUCGGAGACAUAUGAUAGGGUCUCUCAAACUCACUACUAUGACUCAAUAGAGGGUUCGAAUGUCAAGGUGGCAUCUUUACCAAAAAAAUUGCAUGGAAAUGAACAAGAGACACCAAAUUAUACAUUUCAAGGUCAAAUAUCCAGUGCACAUCUUUUGUCUCAGUCAGGAAGGCAGCACAAUUUUCCUUCCAUUUCAAUGGACUCUGAUGACCUUCCACACAGUAACACGCUUCCUAUUCCUGCAAGUGACAGUCAAUUUGGGAUGUAUCAAAUUGCAGGAGAAGAAAACCAAUAUGUAUCCUCUGACCGGAGUGCUCGAGAUGAUGAUUUUUCUAGAUUGGAGAGAAAAUACAAGAGUGAUGAAGCAAGGAUUACUAAGGAGGUUGAAGCGCAUGAGAAAAAGAUAAGGAAAGAGCUUGAGAAACAAGACACCUUGAGAAAAAAGAGAGAGGAGCAAAUGCGAAGGGAAAUGGAGAGACAUAAUCGUGAAAGAAGAAAAGAAGAAGAGCGGAUGUUGCGUGAAAAAUUGCGAGAGGAAGAGAGGCUUCAACGUGAACAAAGACGUGAAAAUGAACGCAGGGAGAAAUUUUUGCUAAAGGAAUCCCAAAGAGCUGAGAAAUCGAGGCAGAAAGAAGAAUUGAGGCAUGAGAAGGAAGCAGCAAGACAAAAAGCUGCUACAGAAAGGGCUACUGCCCGCAGACUUGCGAGGGAAUAUAUGGAGCUUAUUGAAGAUGAGCAGCUAGAGUUAAUGGAGAUUGCUGCAAUGAACAAGGGACUUUCCUCAAUAUGUAGUCUUGACAGUGAUGCUUUGCAACAAUUGGAUUCAUUCAGAACUAUGUUGCAGGCAUUCCCACCAAGUUCUGUAAAACUGAGAAGACCUUUUGGCAUUCAACCUUGGGUGGAUUCUGAUGAAAAUAUAGCAAACGUUCUUAUGGUUUGGAAGUUCUUAAUUACUUUUGCUGACAUAUUAGGGCUUUGGCCAUUCACUCUGGAUGAGUUUGUGCAAUCUCUUCAUGAUUAUGAUUCAAGACUUCUGGGAGAAAUACAUGUUUCCCUUCUUAAAUCAAUAAUCAAGGACAUUGAUGAUGUUGCAAGGCCUCCUGCUAUUACGGUCGGUGCUAGUCAGAGUAGUUCUGCUAACCCAGGCGGUGGUCAUCCGCAGAUAGUUGAGGGGGCUUAUGCAUGGGGCUUCAACAUUCGGAGUUGGCAGCGCCACUUAAAUUACUUGACGUGGUCUGAGAUACUGCGACAAUUUGCUUUAUCAGCUGGAUUUGGGGCACAGUUGAAGAAAAAAAAUGUUGAACACGCAUAUUUCCAGGAUGAGAAUGAGGGUAUUGGUGAGAAUGUUAUUUCUACUUUGCGGAAUGGUUCAGCUGUUGAAAAUGCUGUUGCUCUAAUGCAUGAAAGGGGGUACACACAUCGGCGAAGACCUGGACAUCGGCUGACUCCUGGAACAGUAAAAUUUGCUGCUUUUCAUAUCCUUUCUCUUGAAGGAAGCAGAGGCUUAACAAUACUUGAAGCUGCUGACAAGAUUCAGAGAUCCGGAUUGAGAGAUCUUACGACGAGCAAGACACCUGAAGCAUCAAUUGCUGCAGCUUUGUCACGUGACACAAAACUUUUUGAGCGAACUGCUCCUUCAACAUAUUGUGUGCGGUCAGCCUUUAGAAAAGAUCCUGCUGAGGCAGAUGCAUUGCUAUCUGCUGCUCGGGAAAAGAUACACAUAUUUCAAAGUGCACUUUCAGAUUCUGAGGAAGCAAAAAAGGAUACAGAAGAUGUAGAUGACGCAGAAAGAGAUGAUGAUUCAGAAGGUGAUGCUGGUGAUGAUCCUGAGGUAGAUGAUACAGGCAUUGAUCCUAACUUGGAUAAGAAUUGUCCAUUUAGAAGCGAGCCAAAAGAUCCUAGGACAUUGAGUUCAGUAGAUAAGUUAAAAGGAGUUACAGAAAUUGGAGCAACUCCACAAACUAGUAUUAGAAAUGUUGAAAAUGUUUGUUUGAUUCCCUCUUCAGAAAAUGCAAAAACAGUAGGUUCUUGUGCCUUUGAGUCUACAAAGACCGAUUCAAAGUUUCUUGAAGCAGUUAAUGUGAAUAUGGAGGAGACAGAGAUUGAUGAAAGCAACUUUGGUGAACCAUGGGUUCAAGGCCUGUCAGAAGGUGAUUAUUCUGAGUUGAGUGUUGAAGAACGCCUAAAUGCGCUGGUUGCUUUGGUAGGCGUUGCUAUUGAAGGAAACUCAAUACAAGUAGUGCUGGAGGAACGUUUGGAAGCUGCAACUGCGCUUAAAAAGCAAAUGUGGGCAGAAGCACAGCUGGAUAAAAGGCGUUUUAGAGAAGAAUAUUCUAACAGAUUACAAGGUACUUUUGGUGAGUACAAGGCUGAUAUAGCACAAAUGAAUGGAGCAGGAGAGGGAAGCCAAACUCCACAUGGCAAUGUGGACAAGGCCAAUGAUGGCAAUUUAGAAGCAAUCAACAAUGAACAGUUUCUCGAACAUAAUCAGGUUAAUAUGGGUUAUAUGCCUUUGGGACAAGAGCUUACUAAUACAGAUGCUCUAUCUAUUCAGCAAUGUGGAUAUACUGCUGAGAAGUCUCGUUCUCAAUUAAAAUCAUUCAUUGGUCAUAAGGCAGAGCUACUUUAUGUAUACCGUUCAUUACCCCUAGGUCAAGACCGUAGACGAAACCGCUACUGGCUAUUUUCAACGUCAUCAUCACCAAAUGAUCCUGGUUCUGGAAGAAUCUUUUUGGAAUCAAAAGAUGGUCAUUGGAGGCUUAUCGAUUCAGAGGAGGCCUUUGAUGCACUUGUAGCUGCUCUAGACACUCGGGGGAUUAGGGAAUCACAUUUACACUCAAUGCUGCAAAGAAUAGAGAUAAUAUACAAAGAGGCAAUAAAGAGGAGAAAGAAUGUUAUCAAUUCAACUAAGUCAUUUGAAGAUCAUGCUAAACCAAGGGCCUCCAGGAUGAUGUCAAGUUCAGACUGUAGCAUGGAAAUUGACAGUCCUAGUAGUACUCUUUGCAGACUUACUCCUGAUGACUCAAAGAACUCAACAUCUCUCAAAAUUGAACUUGGUAGUAAUCAAUUAGAGAAAAAUUGUGCUCUUGUCAGAUAUCAAGGUUUUUUAAACUGGAUGUGGAAGGAAUGCUAUGAUUCACGUAUAUUGUGUGCUAUGAAAUAUGGGAAGAAGAGAUGUCCUGAGUUGCUUCAUAGUUGCGGUUGUUGUUACCAGUCUUUCUUAGCUGAAGAAGGGCAUUGUUCUUCUUGCCACAAGUCAUUUAAGACCUUCCAAAACUCUGAUGCACUUUUUUCAGAGCACGUGGUUCUGUGUGAACAGAAAAGAAAGUUAGACACUGACUGGAAAUUCCAAUUCUCUGAUUCUACUCUUCCAAUGGCUAUCAGAUUGCUGAAGGCACUGCUAUCCAUGAUUGAGGCAGCAAUUCCAGCUGAAGCACUUCAAACUUUUUGGACGGACGGUUAUAGGAAGUCUUGGGCUGUGAAAUUGCACUCUUCGGCAUCUGCUGAGGAGCUGUUGCAGGUUCUGGCAUUGUUGGAGCAUGCAGUAAAACCCCAUUUUCUUUCGUCUCUGAGUUCUAGUCAAGGAGUUGCCUCAACCAUCUCUGUUCAAUCAGGAGCUGUGCCUGUACUACCAUGGGUGCCUAAUACUUCAGCAGCAGUGGCUUUAAGGCUGUUAGAUCUUGAUUUUUCAAUUUCUUAUAUGCUGAACCAGAAGCUAGAGUCUCGAAAGGAAAAUGAAGGAUAUCAUAUUAGGCUUCCAUCACACUCUGCUGUCGUUAACAUGCAAGAGGUAGAUCCUAUGGGAACCCCUGAACAAGUUGAUUACCUCACUGGGUGGUUGGAUUCAGGAAGUCAACAGAGGGGUCGAGGACAGGGCAGUCGUGGCCGAGGAGGACGGGGAAGUCGUGGCCGAGGGAGAGGGCUAAGUGUUGGUUCAAGCUCUUCCAGAGCCAUUUUUAUGGCUGAAAAUGGUCUUUUCAAGAAGGCCACAAGAAAAUUCACCAGAAGAGGAAGAACACGUGGGCGCGGUGGGCGUACGCGUGGAUGUCGAACUGUCGGCCCUAGGCAAAGAUCUGAUGGCAGAGUACCCACAAUUGAUAAAAGGUCAAUUUUGGGCAGCUCGAUCUCCGCAACUAGCAGCUCCAAACAGCUGAUUGUGGAUUCCCCACAGAGCUCAGGUGGAGAAGAGUGGGGCAUACCACAAGUUAGAAAACCAUACGUCGAAGAUGACAACAUUAGUAGAGGCUCUGAAUCCAAUGAUAAUGGUCAAGCUUCAGGGGAUGAUUAUUAUGAUCAGGCAGCUGACUCUCCCGGAGUGUAUGACUAUGGCAACUCCAUAGGAUUAACUGAAGAUGGAUCGGAGGAGGAUAGUGAAGAUAUGGAGAUGGAUGAAGAUGUUGAAGAAGAUGACUUGGAUGGCAGAAGUCAUGACUUGGAUGCUUACAUGGACGAUGAUGUUGAUGAUUUGCAAGAUAAUCCUGAAGACGGAGAGGAUGGUGAGGGAAAUAGGGACGAGGGGGCGACUUCAUAUUCAUCACAGUACAGUGAUUAACAUUGGGACAAUCAUUUAAUCUGGCCGGAUGCAGUCUAGGUCACCGUCGUUACGAUGAUGAACCCAUUAAGGUCUCGAUUCCACAAAUCCGCCAAUGUUUAUGCUUCCUCAUUAGGCCCUGACUCAGUGAAAGAAUCAAAUCUGCAGCGAGCCAGUAAUUUAUUCCUGAGAUCCAGCAGUGCUAAUGUCGAAGAAGAUGACUUUAUUCAUAUAGUAUUUUUGCAAUUUUCUUUUUCUGUUUUGCCUUCUUUCCCUUUUUUUUUUUAGUGUUCUUACUUGGAAGCUUUGCAGCUAUGUUGCAAAUUUAAGUUGCCGUCUCCCUGGCCAAUAGAGGGUGAAGAGGGAGAUAAGAGCAAACGGAUUGUUUCAUACCCUUUUUUAUUUUGUACAAAUCUCCUUCCGUCCAUAUGUUAAUCAAUUUGUAUUUUGUAUUUCA